AGUGAGUGAUGGAAAAAAGGGAAGAGCAGGUGCCGCCGGGGAAGGCGAUGAGCAUGGAGCAGCACAUGCUCGACAAAGGGGCGCAGAUGAUGCAGUCGCUCACUCCCAUCAAACAGAUGAGCCAGCAUGUCUGCACCUUCGCCCUCUACAGCCACGACUUGUCCCGCCAGAUUGAGACCCACCACUACGUCUCCCGCCUCAACCAGGACGUCCUCCAGUGCGCUGUCUACGACUCCGACAAUGCCCAUGGCCGCCUCAUUGGUGUGGAGUAUAUCGUCUCGGACACCAUCUUCGAGAGCUUGCCUCCAGAUGAGCAGAAGUUGUGGCAUUCUCAUGCUUAUGAGAUCAAGUCCGGGCUGUGGAUUAAUCCCCGGAUACCGGAGAUGGUUGUGAAGCCCGAGCUCAAGAAUCUUGCCAAGACAUAUGGCAAGUUUUGGUGCACCUGGCAAACAGAUAGGGGUGAUAAGCUUCCGGUGGGGCCUCCGAGCCUUAUGAUGUCGCCCCAAGGGGCGAGUAUGGGGCUGGUGAGGCCGGAUUUGGUCGCAGCGAGGGACGCCCGGUAUAACAUAUCGACCGGUGCUAUGAAAUCGGGCAGGGCUGAACUUGCGGAGCCUGAGUGGAUCAAUCCGCAGGCCGACUAUUGGAAGCAGCACGGUAAAGGGUUCGUUGUCGACGUCGAGCCGGUGGAGAUGAAGAAAAUGGCCCCAUUUCCGUAAGAGACAUGACAGUCUUGCAUAUGUAAGUGACAAUGGGGAUUAUGGAUUGUAAUGGUGAAGCUAGUAUGUAUAUAUGUAUUUAUUUUA